AAUAGAAACUUCACCUAAAAAAAAAAGGCUUCUUUCUCUUCGAUUCUUCCUCGAACCUACACCGGCUCAAGGACCAAACACCCGUGAGUUUUUCAGUCUCCAAAUCAUUGAGUCAAUCAAAACCUACAUUGGGUGACUUACCCAGAUUCUCUCUCUUUUUAAAACAAAAUCUUUGAGCUUUUCAAUUGGAAUCUGUCCUUUUUCCAAUGGCAUGCAAUGUGAUAAAUUCAUGGACAUUCGCUGGCCUAGUGGGUGCUUUUCUUGAUCUAUCAAUAGCUUAUUUAUUGCUUUGUGGAUCAACUCUUGCUUAUUUGGCUUCAAAAAUCCUGGGUUUAUUUGGAUUCUCCUUGCCUUGUCCUUGUAAUGGAUUGUUUGGAUACCCAGAUAACAACAUUUGUUUCCAAGCCAUGUUAGUUAAUGACCCAUCUCUUAAAAUCUCCUCUGUUCAAUCUUCUGUCAAAAAAAAGCUCCCAUUUGAUUCGAUUUGGAGCAACCAUUAUGAUGAUGAUGCUGAAGAAGAAGAACAAGAACGCCAUUAUAGCAAAUCAAAUUUGGCCAAGUGGAAAAAGAAUGUUGAGAUGGAAGGGGAAGCAGAAACAUCUUCUGGUUCAUCGAAAGCAAAGAAGAGUUUUGUUGGAGAAAAAGAGGGAAGCUUUGGGGUAUUACGUAAGUGGAAGGGGUUCGGGAGUCAGAGGACUAGAGUUGGUCUUAGGCGGCGUAAGAGAGCCGGUAGUGGUCAUCGUGGAAAGGUUUUGUCUUUCUCGUAUGAUUCUUUGGUGACGAUCACUACCCCAACAGGUUUUAAUUCUUCUGCUAUUGUUGGUAAACUUGGGAAUGAUAUGCCUGAAGGGAGCAACACUUCAGUUAAUUCCGAAGAUGGCAGGGAAACUUUAAAAGAGAUUGGAUUGUCUAAGGGAGGUUCUCUGCGUUUUGAAAUGGAUGAUGACCCUUUUGCUGAGAAUAAACCCAUAGAGAAGGAAUUAACAUUGGCUGAGUUUGAAUGCUUGACACCCAAUCAGGAUUUUAAUGGCAGUGAUAAAAAUGCAAUUAGAAUUUUAGAACAAGCUCUAGAUGAAGAGCAUGCUGCUCGAACUGCUUUGUACCUUGAGCUUGAGAAAGAGAGAAGUGCUGCUGCUACUGCUGCAGAUGAGGCUAUGGCAAUGAUACUGCGUCUACAAGAGGAGAAGGCAGCCAUUGAGAUGGAAGCUAGGCAAUACCAGAGAAUGAUAGAGGAAAAAUCUGCAUAUGAUGCUGAAGAAAUGAACAUUCUCAAAGAGAUCUUAUUAAGGAGAGAAAGGGAAAAGCAUUUCUUGGAGGAGGAAGUUGAAGCUUACAAGCAAAUGGUUUUUGGAGAAGAGCAAUUGGAUACUGAUAUGUAUGUUAUAGCAGCCACACAGGAACAAAGGACUUCAAUUAAGGAGCCACUGCUAAUGUUGCAGCAGAUCAGUGAACCCGUUGGAGAGGACAAGGCAAAAAUUAACAGUGAUUUUUCAAAGUAUGAGAUCACAUCUAUGGAGUCACCAAACCAUACUCUUGCUUUUGGGAAGGAAUUACCAGUUCCAGAACUCAAUGAAGAUGCUGGCUCUUUAAAUUCUAGUUUUGAAAAAAAUUAUGCACAUCUAUUUAGAAGUGACGAUGAGAUUAAUCAAGAAUUUAAGGAGAAGGGAAUGGCAUCCAAGAACAAGAAUCUCAAUCAUCAAGAAAGACAUGUGCUGUCCAAUCAGUCAACUACUCCUUGGGGAUCUGAUUUGCAUGAGAAAGCCAUUAACCCUGAGGUAGAAGAAGACGAGCAAAGCGGUGAAACCACUCUAUGCCAACAUUUGACACCAAAGACAACUGAGGCUAAGAUAAUUUUCCCAUAUAAUAAUGAAAAAAUGGAGAAGCAUGGAGAAGAUUUUCAUGGCUUAGAUUCUGUUAUUGAUUGUCAUGUUCUUGAUGUUCAUGUCAUUAAUAAUGAAUCUAAUACGAAUAAUGAAGGGAGUGAAAACAAAAGUGAGAAGAAGUCAAUCAGUGUUACCUCAAACUUGCCUAGAACAUUGGAUAAUCUAACCAUUGGUGGGUUAGCAAUUGUUCCUGACAGGAAAAGAAACAGUUUAGACAGAUCGGUUGGAUUACCACCAAUUGGUCCUUCACGAGUCAAGUCUUUACCUCCCAUUUCGCGUAGAAAUUCCAUGUCUGCUUUUGAUUAUGAAAGGUUGAAAAUUGACAAUGAAGUUGGGUGGCUUAGAGAAAGGCUAAAGAUUGUACAGCAGGGAAGAGAGAAACUCAACUUUCCUGCAGGGCACAGGGAAAAGGAACAAGUUCAGUUGCAAAUAUUGGAAAAUAUUGCAAGUCAACUUCAAGAGAUAAGACAAUUAACAGAACCUGGGAAGGCUUUGCGACAGGCAUCUUUGCCGCCUCCAUCCUCUAAGGUUAUGUCAAAGAAAAGACAUCGGCGGGCUGCCCCUUUAGGAAUGUUCAGAAGCAUUUAAAAGAGCAAAUGGUACUUUUUAAUGUUGAUAAAUGAGUUGGCUUCAUUUGGGACCAGCUGAUAUCUUUUGAAGGUUUGACAGUGACUUUCCUGCAGUUGCACUAGCAAGUUAUCUGCAAAACUUUUUACAUGUUAUGAGAAAUAUUAGUUGAAUAAUACACUAGAGAUGGAAGAGAAAAAUAUUAGUUUCUGCUUAUUGUUGUAGAAUCCAAUUUUGACUACUCGGUAGCUUUAUAGGAUUCAGACUGUAAUGAGCUUCUAUUGAUCACACUUCAUGUAACUACCACUUAACAUAAAUUUUAUAUCAUAAAGUUUCU